GAGUUCAAGGACUUCAAAAAAUUAUAACCAUUAGCACGGAGAGAUUAAAUGGUAGUAUUAGCUAUUUCCAGCUGCUUCUGGGUUUUGAAAAGAAUAAAUUUUGUUGCUUCUUCUGCCAACCCUCUCUCCCCAUUCUUUAUUUUAAGGUUUGCAAUGUUGGACAGAGUGCCUGCCAUUUCUUCUUUCAAGGCAGAUCAAUGGAGAAAGGCAGCAGAAGCUGCUUCAGCAAUUCUCACAUCUGGAAAUGAUGGCAGAAACAUUGAGGAUUCUAAUAAGAAUUUCAUAUCUGGUAAGCUGACAGACUUGUUUUUCUUUGACGACUUGGAUGAUGAAUCACUAAAGAACAACAAUAGUUUACUGAGAAAGAUUGAUGAAUUAUGGAAAAAGAGCCCAAUAUGAGCAUUCCUAAGAUCUUAUGUUGCAAAACCUUUAACAAUUCAUUGCUUUGAUGUUUCUUUAGCCAGAUCAUUUAGGCUUCAUUUGUUACAGUUUU